AUGCUUCUGCGGCACGGUUUCAAUAGUUGUGGCUUCGCCUUCUUCAGCCUGUUCUUGGGUCUACUUCUCCCGAGUAUCACAGGAAGGGAACUGAAGUAUGUUGUAUUGGUUUACCGGCAUGGCGACAGAAACCCAGUUUCAACUUUUCCGACUAAUGAGGUCAAAGAACACGUCUGGCCACAAGGAUAUGGACAGCUCACAACGCGUGGAAUGCGGCAGCAAUACCAGUUGGGUAAAUUCAUAAAGGAGAGAUAUAAGGACUUUUUAAGUGAUGAAUACAAGCGAAAUGAAAUUUAUGUCCGAAGUACAGAUUAUGAUCGAACCAUUAUGAGUGCUCAGGCCAAUCUGGCCGGUCUCUUUCCCCCUAAAAAAAACCAAAUCUGGAACAAAGAGAUCGCUUGGCAACCAAUUCCAGUUCAUACUGUGCCACUUUCAGAGGAAAGGUUGUUGUACUAUCCUGUUCGCGCUGCAUGUCCAAAAUUCGGUAAACUUCUAAAGGAAACUUUGGGAUCCAAAACAGUCCAGGAAAAACUGAAAAGUCACAUGUCACUUCUAGGUCAAAUGGCAGCUAACCUGGGAUACGAAGUGACAGAUCUUCUGGAUUUCAACAGUCACAAACUCUGGAAUGCGUACGAUGCUUUACUUGUUCAGAAAAAACAUAACCAACCAGUACCACGCUGGGCUACGGACGAAGUCAUGGACAAUUUGAAAAAUCUUUUGGCAUUUUCCAUAAAUGCAAUGUUCGGGAUACACAAAAGAGAAAUGAAAUCACAACUACAAGGAGGUCUCCUUGUGAAAGAUAUUUUGGAUAAGAUGACAGAAGCUACUCAGGCCACUGAUGGAAGAAAAAUGUUAAUGUAUUCAGCUCAUGAUAUGACACUAGUUGCUCUCCAAGUAGCACUCAAUGUUUUCAAAGAACAGCUACCUCCAUACGCCGCCUGCCUAUUUUUUGAGCUACAUAAAGAAGACAGUGGUGAGUUCACCAUUGAGAUGUACUAUCGGGUCAGAAAAUAUGAUCCACCCCAUGCUCUUGUUUUGCCGGGCUGCGAAGCGGCUUGUCCCUUGCAGAAGUUUAAAGAACUGGUUUCCCCUGUCAUACCAAAGGACUGGCAAGCAGAAUGUAAUAGUUAA